AAAAUUUUUAGCGGGAAAAAGUUUCACGAAGCUCCGUCAGAGUCGCAGCAAUGGCGGGAGAACAGAACGGCGGUGUCGAUGAGGUGAUGGAGGAAUUCGCCAUCUGGAAGAAGAAUUCUCCCUAUCUGUAUGAUCUUCUCAUUUCCCACUCUCUGGAGUGGCCGUCUCUCACCGUUGAUUGGGUGCCAUUGGCUCCAUUUCCUCACCCAGCCAAUUCUUCUCUCGCUGUCCACAAGCUCGUUCUUGGAACUCACACUUCGGAGGAUGUCCCCAACUUUCUCAUGGUGGCCGAUGUAAUUUUACCUGUCAAAGCAUCCGAAACUAGAAUCGACAUUACUGGGGAAAACCCCAUCAUGCCGGAGGUAGAGAUAACCCAGAAGAUACGUGUUGAUGGAGAGGUGAACAGAGCGCGAUGCAUGCCGCAGAACCCAGAAAUUGUUGGGGCAAAAACGAGUGGCUGUGAGGUGUAUGUUUUUAAUUGUGCUAAACAGGGGGCGAAGGCUCAGGGAGGUGAGUGCGAUCCUGAUUUGAGAUUGAGGGGUCAUGAUAAAGAGGGUUAUGGGUUGUCUUGGAGCCCGUUUAAGGAGGGUUACCUCUUAAGUGGCUCAAAUGAUCAGAAAAUCUGUUUGUGGGACGUGUCUUCCAUGGCUGACAAGAACGUUCUUGAUGCAAUGAACGUCUAUGAGGCUCAUGAAAGUGUGGUCGGUGAUGUGUCAUGGCAUUUGAAGAAUGAGAACUUGUUUGGAUCUGUAGGCGAUGAUUGCUUGUUGGUGAUAUGGGAUUUGCGCACAAAUAAAUCUGUGGAUUCUGUUCGAGCUCACGAGGAGGAGGUGAACUAUGUUUCUUUCAAUCCAUAUAACGAAUGGAUUUUAGCAACAGCAUCAUCAGAUACCACCGUGGGUCUCUUCGAUCUACGAAAGCUUGCCGAACCACUCCACGUUCUUAGCAGCCACACGGAGGGAGUGUAUGAGGUGGAGUGGGAUCCAAAUCACGAAACUGUAUUAGCAUCUUCUGGUGAUGAUAGAAGGUUGAUGGUAUGGGAUCUCAACAACAUGGGAAACGAGCAAGAUGGGGAUGCUGAAGAUGGGCCUCCAGAGCUGCUGUUUUCACACGGAGGCCACAAGGCUAAAAUCUCUGACUUCUCCUGGAACGCCCACCAGCCUUGGGUUAUAGCAAGCGUCGCUGAAGACAACUCUGUUCAGGUCUGGCAAAUGGCCAAAGGUAUUUAUCGAGGAUGAUUUCUACUUUACUCCAUUCUUCAAAUUUAGCCACUUUAAGGUUUUCUUAUGUAUUAGGAGUCGUCUUCUCGUGCUUGUGCUUGUGUAAUGUUAUGUUUCUGCUGCUGUUUUGACAAAGAUUAUUCUCUUUAGCGUAGGCGGCUUACCUGACAAGAUAUUUAAGUCAAGGUAUAGAUCGAGAGUAAUUACUGAUAGGUU